CCCUCUCGCACACACGCAGACUCAGUUCAGAUUCAGUUCAGUGCGGGUGUCCGUCUGUGUUCUGCGCAGAUUUCGUGUCAGAACCUGUGGCUGUUGGAGAAAUAUCAGCGGUUCUGCUUCAAGGACCGACGAAGGUUCCUCGUCGUCGGCGUGUGCCUUUAUCUGUGGAUCCGUUUGUGCCGCAGCGGUUAGGGCAACGACUGGAGACGUUGCAGACGCCGAGAACGUGACACGAAAAAACUGCAGAAACCCCCAGAAUCUACUGUGGAACCACAACAGGUACCAAAAAACCUACGACACUGCGCGAGGAGCCCAUACGACCGCAAGGUACCGAUAUCGCAUUGCAGGAAAGGUACGGUGAUUGUACCGCAUAAUCAGAACCGACAGCCAGAAUACACCUCGGGACACGAAAGGGCCACUAAAGUACUGGAAGAUAACGACAGGCACUUGGAAACGUGUUCCAGACCACCUCGAGGGCCUUGAAGUGGACACUGAAAUCAAAAUUUUAUAUCCAAAACACACCACGCACUGGAGACCCAAAAUGGCACUGCUGAAUACACAACCUCAGUAUAAACACCAGGUACUUGGGACCUACUAAAAGCUUCAGAGAUCACGAGGGCAUCCGUCCGGACUGUCCAGGCCAAGUUUUUGAUAAACCUUUAAAAAGUACAAACAUCAUGGGCAACGGCGUGUCCAACUUCUCAGCCUUCCAGUCUCUUCACAUAGUCAUGCUGGGUCUGGACUCCGCAGGUAAGACCACGGUCCUCUAUCGACUCAAGUUUAACGAGUUUGUCAACACUGUCCCCACCAUUGGCUUUAACACUGAGAAGAUCCGUCUGAGCAACGGAAAUGCCAAAGGCAUCAGCUGCCAUUUCUGGGACGUUGGGGGUCAGGAGAAGCUGCGGCCGCUCUGGAAGCCUUACAGCCGCUGCACGGAUGGUAUCGUCUACGUAGUGGACUCGGUGGACGCCGAGCGUCUGGAGGAGGCCAAGACUGAACUACACAAGGUAACCAAGUUUGUGGAGAACCAGGGAACGCCCCUGCUGGUCAUAGCCAACAAACAGGAUCUUCCCAAGUCCCUGCCAGUGGCCGAUAUCGAAAGGCAGCUGGCUCUGCACGAACUGGCACCGGCCAUGGCAUACCACGUCCAGCCGGCCUGCGCCAUCAUCGGUGAGGGGCUGACUGAAGGCAUGGACAAACUGUACGAGAUGAUUUUAAAGAGGAGGAAGUCCCUGAAGCAGAAGAAGAAGAGGUAGACGAUGAGGAUUUAUUCACUGGAUGAUGCUGUGAAACGCUGAUGCUUGAUCAUAAACAAGGCUGCAGGUUUUUUGUAGUUUUUUUUUUUAUAAACAUUUAACACCUAACGAAUAUGGGCAAAACCAGGCUGGUCCUGUUUUUAGAUACUUAAAGAGGUUUUUUUUUUUUUUUACACUGACGCGUGUCUGUGAGGUUACGUUGAAUUACUGCAAAGAUGUAAAAUGACAGUGUUUAAAUAUCUGUUGAGUAAAAAAAGGGGUCGAUUUAGUUGUAGCUUUGAGUGGGCGCCCCCAUCUGGGGAAAUGAGCUGCAAGCAUGGAGGCUGUUUUCUAAGUGAAAUAAGGACAACAGACAACGGACCUAGCUUAUAGAGUUGUCAAAUGACAUAAAAUCUCCCAGAAAUCUUAUCGGAAACUGAAGUUUAGCUCUUCUGCUGCCUCAAGUGGUUAGAUCAGGCAUGGGCAAACUAAGGCCAGGGGGCCAGAUGUGGGCCCGUUCAGCUUUUUAUUCCAGUCGGCCAAACUUUUCCCUGCAAUAUCCACAUUUCCCCAAUAGAUGGCGUAGAAAAUGAUAAAAGCAUUUUUUGCAUUUUAGCCUUUAUGCUUGACUUUUACAUGUCAUUUAUCUUAGUUCCACACGCUAACGCUCAAUCCAUCUCCAUCUUGACCCGGCCCCCGUGUCCAGUUUUAGGACCAAUCUUGGCCCACGAGUCAAAAAGUUUGCCCACGCCUGGGUUUGAUGAUGUCACUUUGACAAAUCGAAAUGAAGGAUUUCAAACUCUAAACUAUAAAAAAAAUAGAUAUUUGAUCUCAAUAGAUGUGGCAACACUUCACGAACUAUGGUGUGAAAACUAGAAGUUGCAUUCAUUGUUAAAAUCUUCUAGUUUUUUUUUUAUAUAUAUAUAUAUUUCAAAUGAUAACUAAAACUUGCUGGAUGUUGGUGUUGGUCCCUUUGGUUCGUAGCAGAGUUACCCGAUGCCAAGUCUUUCUGUGAGACGAGACUGAGUAAAGGACAAACGUAGAUGACCUGAAGACUGUUUACCUGUUUAUGUAGCCUCUCUUUGCACGAUGUCGCGUUCACGUGUGUCUAUCGCUAUGCAUUUCCAUGUGGCUGCAUAGAGAAACCGAACAAUACUGUAUCACCGUAGGACCCGAUCCAGGUACUUCAUGUACAGAGCAAAACAGAAAUUUUAAAAAAAGUAUUUUUUAAAUAAUUAAAAAUAUUGUUCAAUUCAA